CAUGUAAGAUUACAAAAAAUGUCAAAGUAGGUCAUAAAGAAAAUAAUCAAUAAGUAUACAACUGUAGCAGGUAUAGACAGUGCAGGUUGAUAAUAUAACAGUAUCAUGGAUUUAUUCAUUGCUUUAAGUUUAUUUAAUAGACAAAAAUAUGAAGCUUGUGUAACUAAAUGUACAGAAUUAUUGAAAAAAAAUCCAUUAGAUCAGGCAAUAUGGGUUUUAAAAAUGCGUGCUUUAACAUUACAAGUUUAUGUCGAUGACAUAGAAAGUGAAGAAGAAGGAAUUGCAGAAGGUUUAUUAGAUAAUUAUACAAUGACUACAAUGCCUAGACCAGGUACAUCUUUAAAAAAUCCUGGAACUGCUCGAAGUGAACAUGGAAUUCGUCCUAAAACUCAGUCAGGUAGACCUGUUACUGGAGUUGUAAGACCUGCUACACAAUCAGCAAUAUCACAAACAAUGGAACAAGCAUUGAGAAUGCCAAGAACAGCAGCUACAGCGAGACCUAUUACUGCUAUUUCUGGACGAAAUGUCAGACUUGGAACUGCGUCUAUGUUAACAGAACCUGAUGGCCCUUUUAUACAAUUAUCACGUUUAAAUAUAGCCAAAUAUGCAAAUCAACCUAGCAUUGCAAAACCUUUGUUUGAGUACAUUUAUUACCAUGAGCACGAUGCUAGAUAUGCUCUUGAUUUAGCAGUACAAGCAACACAAGCUUGUCAAUAUAAGGAUUGGUGGUGGAAGGUACAAUUAGGAAAAUGUUAUUAUACUUUAGGUUUAGUGAGAGAUGCAGAACAACAAUUUAGAUCAGCCUUACGUGAUUGUAAAGCUAUUGAAACAAUUAUAAGAUUGAUUAGAGUAUAUAUCAGAUUGGACCAACCAUUGGCUGCUUUAGAUACAUGUAAAAGUGGUCUAGAAUAUUUUCCAAAUGAUGUUACUAUACUUGUUGAAAUGGGACGAAUUUUUGAAGGCUUAAAUAAUAUGUCAAUGUCAAUGAAAUAUUAUAAAUUGAUUGCUCAAGAAGAUGCUUCUCAUACAGAAGCAAUCGCAAGUAUUGGAAUGCAUCAUUUUUAUAACGAUCAACCAGAACUUGCUUUACGCUUUUAUAGAAGAUUACUACAAAUGGGUGUUUAUAAUCCUGAAUUAUUUAAUAAUCUUGGAUUGUGUUGCUUUUAUGCACAACAAUAUGAUCAUACAAUAUCAUGCUUUGAAAGGGCAUUGAGCCUUGCCAAUGAUGAAAAUAAAGCUGAUAUUUGGUACAAUAUUUCUCAUAUUGCAAUUAGCUUAGGUGAUUUAGAGAUGGCGGAAGAAUGUUUAAAACUUGCUAUUACAAUUGACAAUAGACAUGCAUUGGCAUAUAAUAAUCUUGGUGUAAUACAAAUGAGAAAUGGUAAUGUUACAACAGCAAGAACUUAUUUCCAUGCAGCAGCCACUAUUGCAAAUUACAUACAUGAGCCACAUUUUAACAGUGCAUAUUUAGCAUAUAAGUUAGGAGAUUUUCAAACAAGCUAUAUUGCAAUACAAAAAUCAUUAAAUGUAUAUCCAGGACACUGUGAUAGUAUUAAUCUUCUUAAAAAAUUGGAGCAAUAUUUUUGUUAUAUUUAAGGUAACUUAUAUUUUAUUCCACUAGAAUUUUAUAACACAAAAAAAUGUAUAUUUAUAAAUGUUAAAUGAGCAAGAAUGU